UUGUCUAUUGAUUCGUUGCUGCCCCACCGACUGAUGUGAUUUUUUUGUAAAAAUUACAAAUGUGAUAAAAUUGCCUGAAUAUUACAUAAAAAUCGCAGAACGUGUAAAAAUAGUGUUUCUAUACAGUUCCCCAUUUUAUCAAAGAUAUUUUAUUCGUACGGCGCGAUGGAGUGACAACCAUCGUUUCUCGUCGGAUGUGAAAUAGCUUUCGAUCGUAUUUUCGCACGUCCUGCAGACAAACAAUAGGGAGUUUUUGCUGCAGGAUUGUCGAUCUGUGUUGUUGUGCAAGUGCACUGGGUGUUGCGACUUGUGGGCAACUGCAGCGCUGUUGCAGUGCGGUACGGACUGCGGGGUUCGUCGCGACAUGUAUCAGUGAGGCCAGGCCCCAGGGUUUGGUCAUGUUGGAGACGCGGUCGGUCCGCGCCGCUGACUCGGUGUGGGCGAACAAGCCGCUGCCGGCGCCGCACGCGAUGGCCAACUCCAGGCACGGAAAGAACACCCAGGACGAUGUCUGCUACGUAGUCGCGAAGUACGACUACGCGGCGCAGGGCGCGCAGGAGCUGGACCUGCGCAAGAACGAGCGGUACCUGCUGCUCGACGACUCGAAGCACUGGUGGCGCGUGCAGAACGCGCGCAGCCAGUCCGGCUACGUGCCCAGCAACUAUGUCAAGAAGGAGAAGCCGUCUCUGUUCGACAGUAUCAAGAAGAAGGUGAAAAAGGGAUCCGGUUCGAAGACGCUCCCGUCGAACAGUUCUCCAGUGCGCGGCGGCACCGGGCCGGAGUCCCCCGGCGCGCGGCGCGUGGAGCCCACCGAGGCGCUGGGCACGGCCGUGGUGAAGUACAACUACCAGGCCCAGCAGCCCGACGAGCUGUCGCUGACCAAGGGCACCCGCAUCCUCAUCCUGGAGAAGAGCAACGAUGGCUGGUGGCGGGGGCAGUACCAGGGUCAUACCGGAUGGUUCCCGUCAAACUACACCAGUGAAGAGGGCGACAGCGAGGACACCGUGCACACGUACGCCAUGGCGGAGAACGUUCUCGACAUUGUGGUGAGUGUGGCGCUGUACUCGUUCACGUCCAACAACGAGCAGGAGCUGUCGUUCGAGAAGGGCGACCGGCUGGAGAUCAUCGAGCGCCCGCCCUCCGACCCCGAGUGGUACCGCGCGCGCGACAACCGCGGCCAGAUCGGGCUCGUGCCGCGCAACUACCUGCAGGAGCUGGCCGACUACCUCACGCAGCCCUACAGCGAGGCGACGGAGGGCGGGUCGGGCGGCGCGGCGGCGGGCGGCGGCGCGGGCGCGCGCGGGGGCGGCGCGGUGGGGCGCGCGUGGUACUACGGCGCCAUCACGCGCACGCACUGCGACGCGCUGCUCAACCAGCACGGCCACGACGGGGACUUCCUCAUACGGGACUCCGAGACCAACGUGGGCGACUUCUCCGUAUCACUGAAAGCUCCAGGCCGCAACAAGCAUUUCCGCGUGCAAGUUGAAGGCAACCUAUACUGCAUCGGCCAGCGGAAAUUCACAACGUUAGAUCAGCUAGUUGCACAUUACCAACGAGCACCUAUUUAUACAAACAAACAAGGAGAGAAACUAUACCUCGUGCGUCCGCUGCCGCGCGCGGCGGCGAACUGCUGAGCGGAAACCGUGCGAGGCUUUAUAUACGACCUCCUGCACGCGGACGAACGGAUGCCUUAGACAUCUCGCACACUCGUGAUACGGUCACAUCGUUUGCGUGAUUAUGUGAAGCUCAAAAUGUGUGGAUACAGUGAAUAAAUAAAUGUUUAGUGUUAAAAUAUAUCACCAGUGCGCGUCUAGUCUAUAGCUAAGGAGAAGUGUCCUCUAGUGGAGUGUGUCUGGACAAGAGCCGGGAGCUAUCACAUGUUGGUACAGUGGUGAUGACAGCUGUCAGUACUGUUCCUGACUCCACGCUCUAGGUGUGACUCGGUCAGGGCUUCAAUAGGCAGUUGCUCCAAUUUCUUGGAAAUGAAAUAGAAUAUUGAGCCGAGAGGUAAGCGCUUUGUUUCCUAUAGAAAUAGGUACUUAUUAAGUUUGUCCAAGAAAUUAUAGUGAAUGCUGGUUUAAUGGAAUCGAAUACAUUGUUUCUAGUCUUUUGUGUAUUUUUUUUUACAAUUUAUAUAAUUAGAUGAUAAGUAUAAACAUAACACUUCUGUUUAAAAUGAUACUCAAUCAAACUACUGUUAGGUAAUAAAUAUUAAUAUAUAAUUUAAAUUUAGUUAGGCCUAAUGUUAAAAUUAAAUAUACCUACAAUUUUUGAGGAAAUCGUAUUUAAAUAUAUGAAACGAUGUAUUCAUUCCAUUUUAUCCAUUUAAGUUUGCUACUUUUGUAGAACUUAGAGUGGUUCACCGCCAGGUAAUAAAUGGAUAAUCCAUAAAUCUUAGAUUUUGUAGGGAAACUUUAUCACAGGACUGUAACUUUAUGAACAAAACUGACAUGUAUGUCGACGUUGAAGACAUAAUUUGCUAAUAUUAAUGUUAUACAUAGUAAAUGAUAGUGCAUGUCAUGAGAAACUGUAUAACCAGUAUAGAGAACCAGUGAUUUAACAUUAGGUAAAUAAACUUGACGAACAACGAAAAGCAAGUUAUGGUUAAAAAUUCAUAUGAUGUGGUUAUGAACAUUGUGACAGAUAAUGAUGACUGUCUUGUUACCUGUCACUUAAUAUGUGUCAAUUAUAUUACAUGAAACAUUGUAGUAAAAACGAAAAUUUUGACAUUGAAAUUGCAAGGUACAGGUAAAAGUGAAUGAUAUGACAGGUAACAAUGACCAUGUUGUUACUUGUCAUAUGUGAAGGUAAAAUGUAACAUAUUCUAAAUUGGCAGGUAACAUUGAAAAAUAUUUAAAGUUGUUACUAAAAAAAUGUUCAUCAAAUGGGAUAUAGUCAGCUGGCAUCCCGGUAUAGUUAUGUACGUAGUUUAAUAUGGUGUUGAUGCAAUGCCGAAAAUAUAAUAAUUAUAAUAAUAAUAAACCAAAAAUCUGCUUUGCAUUCUCUAUUGUAUAAUUAUUAUUAAUAAUAAGGGCAAUUUCUAUAUAUCAUAUAAUUUGAUAAGUAACAUAGUGUAAUUUUUAAAUGAUUUUUUAUAGUUAAUGUGCGUUUUGUGUAAUGUACUCAUGGUCCCAUUAUUUAGCUGAUGUACACAAUGAAUAUAAUGUAUAAUUACUAUAUUACGAAACAAGUAAUAGCAAGCUCACAAAAUGUACACAGAUUUUGAUUGUCCAAUCAAAAAGGUGCUAAUUCAGUAUUUGCACAAAUCCUAAAGUGAUUUUUUUAUUGCCAUUAUUGCUAUUCAAUUUACAUUGAAUGGUAAAUAUAAUGAUUGGUGUACAAACUGAAUUAGCACAAUGUAUCUUGAUUGCAUUUUUGUAUUCAAAUGCACAAUCACAAUUUUUUGGUUUUGGUCCAAGCGUACAUGAUCUAUUUCAUAAAAAGUGUCAAUUAAAGUUUAUAAAGCCGACAUUCUCUAGCUGAUUUUCAUACUUUUUUAUGUAGCACUAAUAAUAACUAGGGCUAGUAGUAAUAGCUUUCAGGUUAGCUGCUUAAUAAAGCAGCUGGCUACCUCAGUGGGAUCAUAAAUAGUGUUUCCAUACAUAUUUUAUUCUGCAUAGUGUUUCUCUUUUGAGUUCCCACAAAUCCUUAAACGUUGAAUGACUUUGGUAGGUUGUGCAAAAGCUAGAUAUAAUGAUGCACAGUACUAUCAAUUUUAUAAUCUAGCUGUAUAAAUAUUUGAAUAAUUGAUUUAGCAGUAAUACAGAAAUGUUUAAGCAGUUUGUUUUUUUAUACAUACAUAACUAAAUAACUUCUGUCACAGAUAUACAGGUAAAAAUGAACAUGUUUUUACCUGUCAAAUUCUUGAAUCUGUAUUUUCUGGAAACAUUUAAAUUAACCUUUGGAUUGAUCAUGAACGCUUUGACUUUAGUUCUUAAGAUUCUGUUCCAACAAUUAGACAAAUAAAGCGAAAUACAGGUAAUUGUGAAAAUGCAAUGUGAUGUUUGACUACAAUUUCAAAGUCACUCUCAAUGAAAACAGAUAGGAAAUGACAAAAUAGAUGGGAAAUGGGAAUUGGUAAGGAACAAUAGAUGACUUUUGAAUGUGAUUUUAUAUCACAUUUGUCACAAUAAUUGAACAUUUUUAUGGAUUUAUACACCCAUGUAUAACUAUUCAGAAAGUUACAUGAAAAUGAGUGUAAAAAAACAUACAGAUUUAUGAAGAUAAAACAUAAAUACUAAGUGCAUAUAUUUUUUUUAAUUAAUUUCAAUAAAUACCACCUUAAUUAUUACAAUUGUUUUUUUUUUACAGAUCGACUAGGAUUUCAUAUUAUUAGUAAAUUAUUAAAGGUAUGGGAUGUCAUAGGUAAUAAAAUCACACACAUUUUCAUGUGAUUGAGUAAAGUACCUAUCUAGAGCAUAGGUCACACAUUUUGUAUACAUUAUUAAUACUUUUAGUGUAUUAUUAUGUAUUUAUUUUGCAGCACAUGGUAUUUUUCAUUAUUAUGUCUAUCAAAACAUUAAAUCCAAUUAUAAUUUUUACAAAGAAAGCUAUAUUUUCACGAAAUAUCAUCAUUUUUAAAGUAAUGUACUAUAUUAUUGUUAUGAAAUUUAGUUACCUUGAUGGGUUUUUUGAUUGUACCCCUUUUUUAUGUUCUACAAUUUUAAAUCAUUUAGCAGUGAUUAAUGUAAUUUGACUAUAUGAGUUUACAAUUUGAUUUGUACAUGUGUGUAGUGGGCUUACAAUGAGUUGGCUAAUCCCAUAUGGCAAUGAAUGUAUGCCGUAAGUUCAAAAUUAUCUAUUACUGUAAACGCCCACGUUUGGACAGAGGUCAAAUAAUGAUAACUUGUCACAGGUAACUUUAGGGAAUUUUUAUAUGUUUUUAUCACAACUUGCAAUAUUUAAUUUCUUAUGACAUUAAAAUAAACAAGAAAUUUAUAAUUGGAAAAUAAAUCUUUUUCUAUUGUUUAUUAUUCGUUGACACAUAGAUAAUUUUUUUUAAUUAUGUAUGUAUUUACUUUUUUAUUUUUAAUAUAAUGCUGGUAGUCUAAAGUUGUUGUCCUGUUGGAAUCUCAGAUCAGCCUCGACACGUGACUGAUGCUAGUCAACACGCCUGCAUCACAAUCUUCGCUUUUCCAAAACUACCUUCCCUUCGUUAUAUCCGUGUUUAGUUAUCUCGAGAGCUGUUGGAAAAUUUCGAGUAGGUGUUUGAUAUAUUUUUUUUUGCAAUAAAUUAAUAGGAAAACUCAUUUCAUAAUAAAUUUUAGACUUGUCAACCUGUGGACAAGGUGCUACACGGUAUUUUUGAUGGCUUUGUCUGACAUUAUAGCAGACAGGUAUUUAGUUUAAGAAACAUAACAGGUAAAUUAAUUCAUGUACAGACUGAAUCAACAGAAGGUAAAGUCCUACAAACUCUGGAUAGCAUUGUUAUCAAACACUUCUCUAGAAUAUACCAUCAACUCUUCAUAAUUUUCCUCAUGAUAAUCCAAAUACGUACACUAUUACAACUAAACAAGCGAUUGGUAACAGUUUGUAUAUCUUCUAUCUCUUAAUCGUAAUGAUUGUUUAAGAGCUAGUGGCAAAAUAUCCACUAUGUUGAUAAUAUUACACACACAAUAUUUAAAUUGUUUUAUUUUUAAAUCUGCCAUAAUUUAAUUAAUCAGUAUGUUUUAUUUUAACAUGCGUAUUCUUCCAAUGUGUUCUAUAAUUUAAUAUGAUUUAUUUAAGACAUAAUUUUAUUGUAAACUUGCUUUUAUGAAUUCAACUCUACUUUGAUAUUAAGUGUUUAAUAUUUACAUUUAAUUUACCCUUGGCAGCUAUUGGGUUGUUUUUGUUUGUCGUAGUUAUUUUAUAAUGGAUUAUUUUCGCCAUAUUUGUCCGAAACUACAUAAAUCAUGCAGUAUUUUGUUAUUUUUGUAAUAUCUUCAAAGAUUUACUUUUUGAAAGAGUUGGUGAAAACAAAAAUAUUUGUUCAAUGUUCAUACAUUUUAAUAAAUUAAUAAAAGUAUAAUUUUAGAAUGUAUAUACACUUGAAUAAAUUCUUUGUCAGCUCUUAGAUUAUACAGGUUGUGUUAUUUUAGUUUCUUUUAACAUGAGUUCUCUGAUCCCUUUAGCUAGGUUUUUAUGAACAUAAGAAACCGUCUAAUAAAUAAUUUGCCUUUUAGUGAUUCCAAAAAAUUACAAUAGGAACUCGUCCACAAAUAAUAAAAAAAAACACAAAGCGACUGAGACCCUGUAACAAGAGUAUUAUCAAAAUGGGACUAUUUAUUUUUCUACAAUGACUUCUUUUGUGAUUGCUAUAGACAAUUGUGAUUAGGAUAGCCAUCUUUGAUGUUUAUUAUUAAGUAUUUUGUAUUUUGAAACUAUAGUGUGAGUAUUUUCAUUUUAAUGUAUUAGACAGUCAACACACAUUUCCAAUUGUAACUUAAAAAUUCAAAAAUUUCCAAAAUUCAUUUAUUUCAAGUAGGCUCAGUUUACAAGCACUUUUGAUACGUCACUUUAUUUUGAAAAAUAUGUUUAGAAUAUAGGUAGAAUAUAUAUUAACUUGCUUUUUGGUUAUUAUUGAAAUGUUUAGUGUGUGGCUAUCCUAAAGGUGUAUUCAAAUAUAUCGGAGUCAGAGCUAUCGGAGCUUGUAUUUGAAGUGAAGUAUUUUAGGAGCUUUUCAAUUGUGAUCCGAGAAAUAGGAUUUAUAUUUUAUUCUUGAUUUUUUUACAUAGUUUCAUCAUCAAAGUUUUAUUCUUUUUCCUAUAAAACAGUCCCUGUUAACUACAUCCUGUUCGUUUUUAAUAUGAUUUUAGUGUUUGUUGUAAAGGAGAUGGUCCAAAAUUGUAUUGGAUCAGUCAUGUACCCUUGCGAAAAUAAAAUAUUUUUUUUAACUAUUUUUGUUUAUACUAAUUACGAAUUUACUUUCAUUCUUUCGAAAUAAUAUUCAUUCUCUCCCAAGAAAUGCAACAAUAAUAUUGGGUAAGAAUGGCGGAUUGAUGACGUUUUCAAUGCAGUAGUCGAUUUGACGUUAAUUGUUGUCAAUUGUCAUGCCAUAGUUGCUUAAGGAAGCCAUCUUGAUUUAUCUCAAAUACUUGGGUUUUAAUUUCAUUUAUUUCUUUUUAUUUAGUUAGAUUUAUUCACUUUAAAUUAAUAUAUGUACUUUAAAUCAAUGAAUAAUAAUCAAUUGAUUCUCUGACGAAGCUAUUUUCGUAGCAUCCCAUUGACUCAAAUGUUAAAUGCAAAAACACCUAAUUCCAUGUCUAACUCUGAUAUGUCUGAACAUACCAAGAAGCAAUGCAGCAUGGAUGUUGUGUAUGCGACAUAGCAUUAAGAUGGAACACUGUACAAUAGCGUGUAGGUUUAUCCAUUUAUUUUGUGAUACGAGCAUUGUUAACUGGCAAGCAUUUACAGAUACAAAAAAGUUAUAUUUUUCUUAAACAUUUUUUUUUCGCGUCAUCUAGACGAUCGACGAUACUUUUCCAGAUGUAUGCGAAAAUUCGGUCGAUUAUAGUCAAGUGCAAUUAGGUAAAUAAGAAAUGAUUGAACUCGGUUAUUGUGAAUGGAUUUUAAUGAUUUUUUAAAUUAAUAUGUAAAAAGUGGGUAUACCGAAAUUCCGCAUUUGUCUGGGAGAGGCUUUAAUUAUUAUUAUAAUGUGAUACAUUUGAGUUUACGUACGUUCAUGGGUUAAUUGCGCAACAUAAUUACAAUCGUAUUCAAUAUUUGCUAUGUUAUAUCGUUAUCGCUAGUUUUAUUGUAGCUUUAAUGGAUAAAAGGUGUCGUUCAUUUAAUUGCUUUCAGUUGCAAUAUCUAUUUAAGCUAUUAGACCUUACACCUAUGGAAGAGGAAAGAAAUCGUUAGUCAUAAAAAAUUACUAAUGAUCUCUUUCUAAACAAAGUCUUGUAUAUUUUAGUUUAAUUAAUCUAGUCCUACAUAAUGAAUAAUAAUGGUCUUGUCAUGAUUUGUAUGACGUUCAUCUUCUAACAUAUUAUUUCUGAUUUGUAAUGUCGAGAAACUGCUUGUAUAGAUUGUUUAGUGUGUAUCGUAUGUCACAAAUCGCGAAUCGUCAAGUCGAUUGCAAUUACGUGGCGCAAUUAGCCCCACUGAAGUUUGCAAGGCAUAUCCCAAAGCGGAGGGAUCGUAAGUUACUAGAUCUUUUGGAUGUAUUUAAUACGUUUUAUACUCGAUAUUGUAAUUAGUGUUGUAAUAAAGGUGAGCACACACUGGCGGCGGAGCACGUGAAGGAAUCAUUUUGCUUUGAGUACAUUUUGGAAGGGUUGUUGCUACCCACAUUGGAGUAGCGUGGUGGGUCUAAGUCAUAUCUAUAGGAAUAAGCCCUGCAGUUGGCGAUAAGGAUGAUGAUUUAUGGGUGUAAGUAGAUACAAUAUGAUGAAUUUGUAUUACAAUGCGUUGCGGUCCGUCACAGUGUGCGAUUACCUUAAAGAUAAAAACUCACGUAAUUUAGACAUAUACUAGGAACAAAAUAGUAGUAUAGGGUGAAAUACACGUAAAGGCGGGGCCACACUGCACGCGGGGCGGUAGCGGAACGGCUUGUAUCAUGACAAAUCCAUAUAAGGGUUAUAAUUUUAUUAACAACAUAUUAUAUUAAUUUUAUGAUUGUGUUUAUGUAUUUUCCAUUGUAAUAUUUAAAUCAAUACUGAUUUUGAUGAUAAAACGCCGAUAGAUACGAAUAAAAUCAUAUUAUAACAACACAUUAAUAAAACCUCUUUUUGGAAGUUGGUUAGAAAGUUCAGCUAUCUUUUUUUUAUUCGCGUAAUAAUACAUUUAAUUUGAACUACAAAUAAAAGCCCCCAUUCUCAGGAGAGUUUUUUAACGGACGUUAAAAAAAAGCGUUCAGAUACCUACAACAAAUGCAUUCCCAAGAAUAUGUUCACACGACAACGUUUUUAAAACGUGUGUAAAUAUAUAUAUAUAUAUAUAUAUACCAAAAGUUCUCUAGGUAGUUUUUCAGGAAAAUAGAACUGUUUGAUAAUCUCAGUCUAUUCUAUUAAUUUUCUACGAAGAAUAUUGAGUGCCGCGCCGAUACCGCUCCUUCGCUGUAGCGUCUUAAGCGAACAUCUUCCGUUGCAACUUUUAUAUCGCUUCCGCUUCUCAUUCAAACAGUCUUCCCAAUCGUACUCGUAAUAAUACUUAUUUGUAGUGCUAGGCUCUAAAAUUGAUUUAUAUCGCGCAUAUUGAAUAUCACGGAAGCGAAGGAUUCUAACAUUGAUACUAAGGAAGCGAAGGAUUCUGAAUUUUAAAAUUCAGAAUCCCGAGCGUUGCGGUGGUUUCAACACUAUGAGAUUAAAUUAUUCAGCCGUGAGCAAAACACUACUUUUCAUCUCACUAACAAAUUUAACUAAAUGUAAAAAAAUGUCGCGUCGAUUUUUAAUUUAAUACAAAGAACAAUGUAAUGGUAUGAUAGUAGUGAGAUAAAAAAAUAUUUUACGUGGGACAAGGCCACUGACCUCUGCGUUCGGCCAUUUGCAUUUUAAUGUUCUGACGUAUUUUAUGUAGUUACGCCAUCAGUAAGUAAUAAAAUUAUAGUCUGGUUUGGGUUCUGAUUUAAAAGCAUUGUGUGUGCAACAUUUGUACAAUUUCAUAUCGAGCAGAGUGUUCAAACUUAACAAAGUCAGUUAUUAUGUGCCGUGUAGAGACACUGCAUUUGUUCUUUUUCGAUAGAUAGCUUAUGGUAAAGAGAACGUUUAAUAUGAAUAAUUAUCAAAAUGAAGCUAACAAACUGCGUAAAACGAGCACUUUCUGCAGAGGUUACUUUACCUCGAUUGCGGGCGUUACCUUUUUUUUAAUUUAUAUUUUUUUAUAUCCGCUGUAUAAUACCCAUACCCUUAUGAGAGGUCAGUGGAUGAGGUAUUUGUUUUGUGUAUAUACAUAUUAUAAUAAUUGGAAAUUAUACAAAAAUAGUUUAAUAAUUAUUAUUAUUAUACGUUCGAGUGUGUGUGAAUUUUGCGUUGUUUAAAAGAUUUAUGUGUACGAACGAAGUCGAAUAAAGCUUUAUUUCAUAAAGACUUGCGUGGUGGUAGUGCAUAUUUCUCAUUAUUAUCUUUGUGAGACAGAUUCCGUGGCGUAAAAGCUAUGAUUGAAAAUAACGUAAUCAUUAUUAGUUUCAGUAUUGUCUGUGGUUAUAUUAUAAUGAUAUGGCACCGUUUUAUUAGGAUUUGUUUACCACAUUACGAGUAUUACGUGUUAGUUACGCCACUGGGUAUUCACUACCAGUAUUACUAUGCUAUGAAAGAUCUAAGAACUGUAUUUACUAAUUUCUUUCAUUUUUUAUUGGAAGCAUUGCUAUAUUGUUAAAGUAAUGAAAAAUUAACGCUGAUUAAACAUUCCUACGCUUUGUAUGUGCAGUCAACAUCAAUUUGUGAUUAUUUAUUUUAAAAAAAUGGAAAUCUCCUUAAUGAGUAACUCAAGUUAUUUUUCUAAAACUUCGAACUGGCAUUGGUGCAGAGUUUUUCUGCUUUAAAUUCACAUUUUGUUUUCUCGUAAUGACUCAUAUCGAAAAUUCACGACUAGUUAUAUAGGUAAGUUGAAGUUAUAAUAUUUUAGUUAUGUAUUUUAUACCUGUAAAGCAUUUAAUAGGCAAAUAAUAAUAAUAAAUUCGUGAAGAAACCCAAAUUGUAAUUCAUAAUACAUAUUGCAUAGAAUAAUUUUUAAUUAUUUAUAUUAUGAUGCUGACUGUACCUACAUCCUUUAAUAUUUUUUAUAAUUAUGUGAAUUUCCAGUUUGAAGUAAAGGCUACGCAGUUAUUGAUGCAACACGAUGUCAUUUAAUAUAGGUUUUAAGUUUAUAAAAGAGUGAUUAUGAGUUUUUAUUUUUUAUAUUGCUCAACGAGGUAUAUUUUAUAUUUGUUUGUAUAAUCAAUGUGUUUGUAUGUUUUUGGUGUAUAACUAUAAUUAUAGAUAUAUCUGAUGUAACGAGCAUAUUAUGAUACCAAUGUAAGGGCGGUGUAUAAUAUUUAACAUUAUAAUUUAUUUAUUAAUUUGCAAA